CCAGUGCCUGGAGCACCUCUUCCCUCUCCUCCUACACUGGCCCUGGUAGUUCUCUCACAUAUCUGUACUCCUCCUUUCCUGGCUGCUGUUGCACAGCAACUUUUUUCCCCUUCCUGAAUCUGUUUCCCCAGAGUCUCUACCACUGUUGUUGAUGUGUUCAACCUUGUUGAGCAUCAGGCCCACCCUGGAGCCAGCUGGCGUUGGCUCUGUUCUACAUGGGGAAAGUUCCUGAUAGCUUCUCACAGAAAUCAGCUCUGUAGACUCCCCCACUACCAAAAUCAUGCCAUACAAACCCAACACAGCAGUUUAUCACAGUACUCUGUGUAGGAUGAAAUUACAUGUCUGGAAAAGUGGAAUAAAGAAACAGUUCUCAUUUGUGAAGUUUAACAUUUAGUCAUGAGAGGCGGCAGCUAAUGGUCGCAGUUUCAUUUCUCCAGACGAGCCUUGGUUUCUCCCUAAAGGCUGCCCCUCACACAUGAGGCAGCAGCUGAGUUUAGAGGUGGCAGUGUGAACAUCUAGGGCAUUGUGUGGGAGAGCAGGAGAAAACCUGGUCCAGUCACUUUUGUACAGCACUUGAUCAGCAGAUGGCAAUGGUGCAGCUCCUGCCAUGCACUGCCACUGGCUGCCAUCCCCAGUCUCAGGGUACUGUGGAAGAAGAAGAGGAAGAGGAGAAUGAGAUGUGCAUCUCUCACAUGUUUAUGUUUGCAGGACUGCAGCAUGUCUUGGUCUUGCAGUUUCUACUCUCUGCCAGCUUUUCUCACGCCCAGCAGGACACUCUUUGGGAAGUGUCCUGGUCCUGCAGGGGCAAUGAUGGCAGCUGAGAACCUGGGGCCUCUGGGCUCUGGCUGGGUAAUGCCAAGGGGUCUCUUGUACAGCUCAGCAAAGCUAAUUGCAGGGUUGAUGCCUCUGCAGGGACUUCCUCAGCAUGUGCUAUCCUGACUCCAUGGUGAAUGGGAGAAAGGCACCACCAUGGCAGAAACCCAGCUUUUUUCUGCCAGCUGUGAGGCUGUGCCUGUCUUAGCCUGAGCAAGGCAGUGAGAGCACUUGGCAGGAGGAGAGUGGCAGCAGGCAAACCUGCACCCUUGGACACAUCCUGGGGGUGCUGUCAGUGCAGAGGAGCCUGUGCUGGGACAACCUCCCGGCAAGACUUAAGGGUUUUGCUAUGGGCCCUUGGGAUGAUGGGUACCUGCUCUGGGGGAGUGUGGGUGGCUUUGGGGAAUUGGAGAGCCCCAAAGGCUCUGGAAAGGGAGCUGCAAAUUUCCCCCCUCAAAAGAGGAAAAUCAGUGCUUACAGUCAGGUUUCUAGUCUGCAUACAGGACCUGCAUAAGUGUUGCCAUAUGCUGUCUCACAGGUCCUGUCAGCUUCAGAGCUGGAGAAGAGAGACCAUUCAGUCUUUAUUAAACAGCAGUGCUGUUUUAAGCACCUGCAGCCCCUGUCCACACUGAUGCUACUUGGUACAGAGACUAGAGCAGAGCAGCUGAGGGUGAGCAGUGCUGUGCAUUCUGAUAAAGUGUGAAACAGCAAAAGGUGACAAAAUGAGCUGCAGACAUCUGUUGUCUGAACAAGGGUGUGUGGGGGACAGAAGCUCAUCAUGUUAAAGUGCAGAGCCAGAGGAUGAGUGAGUUGAUCUGCCUGAUAUCUGAACAUCUUUCUAAGAAUAAGAUUAGCUGAUGUAGCAUAUAGAGACCAUUUGUCUUUUUCAACUCAAAGACACACCAAAGGCACAGCAAGGCAGGCUAGGCAAGUGAUGCUAUGUGCAUACACCAGUAUAAAAGCAGAUUGUAUCUUUUUGUGUGGUAUGGACAUAAAACUUAGGAAUGCAAUUCCUAAAGUUGCCUUUCAGAUGACCCUAUGUGACUGUCAAAAGAAGAAAAAAAAUCUAUUGCACCAUGUUUAAGGAAAUGUUCCUCAUAUAAGUGCUGUGGCUCUCCAGUAUAUAUGGAAAAACAAGCCGCCUCCUAGGAGAAACUAUCUUGAAUGGAUGUGCUAAGGUGCAGCAAAAGGGACAAGGGACCAGUGAGGGUAUUUGCAGAGUACAAAAUCUCAAAAAUACAUUAUCUGACUAUGGUUGCUGUAGCAGACAAGAAGGAAUAAUUUAUAUUGGCAGCUUUUAAAAAAGGCAUUAAAAAGGAAGCUGUGAUAUUAAUGAUGGUAAUCACUGUGCCAUGAUCUAAAAGAAACUCUCACAUUAGCUGUGACAAAGCCUUGAAAGCAGUGAAAAGAAGGAUGGCUCUAAUCCCCACUCCACCAACUGAACUAAGAAUAUCCUAGGGAAAAAAAACCCCACAACACAGUGAACUUCUAUUUGUGUUCUGCGCAAUCGAGGAUAUCAUAGAAUGAAAAAUGAACAGAAUAACUCUAGUAGACCCUGGUGAUGCCAUGAUUUCUCAUCUGGGUUCCAUCCACUGGCACUCCUCCAUGACCACUGCAAAUUUUUCAGAAGAUCCCAGAGAAGAACAGUUCCAGAGUAGUUUCAGGAAGGUCAGACCAAACUGAAAUACUUAUGAUUGUGGACUUGUAGGGAUGAUAAAAACAUCUUUGAUGUUCUACAAAGCAGGAAUAAGGAGAGGAAAGUCUUCCUCUUUGACCCCAGAUGCUGGCAUGACCUGCAAAUCCAGUGUCCCGACAUCUUUGUAAAGGCUUUUCACAGAGGUACUCCUGUGGCACCUGGUUUGAUCCUUCAAGAACACCCUAUGAAGUCCCAGAGCACAUACCAAUGGAAGGCCCUUUGCAAACCUUCGUUCACGUGUGUCAUGAAAAUGGUCAAUGGAUGUCACGGUUACCAGAGAAGCUCUGGGAUAUUCCCCUCUAUAACUUAGCUCUUCCAGGGAGUCACGACACUAUGACCUACUGUUUGGAUAAAAGCUCUGCUGUUAGUGGCAAUGAGUCCAAGCUGGUGAAGUUUUUAAGCAAAUGUCUGCCCUGCAUUGUACACCCCAUUAUCAUGAAGUGGUCUAUAACACAGGUCCUGACUGUGACAGAGCAACUUGAGUCUGGAGUUAGAUACCUGGAUUUCAGGAUUGCCCACAAGGCUAAUGAUCCAUCUAUGAAUUUGUACUUUGUGCAUAUGGUUUACACAACUGUUACCGUGCAGGAUAUUCUGUGGGAAAUAUUGAGGUGGUUAGAAACUCAUCCUCAGGAAGUUGUUAUUAUAGCCUGCAGAAACUUUGAUGGAUUAACAAAAAGACAUCAUAAUCAUCUUGUUGCCUGUAUAAAAUCAGUUUUCCAGUGUAAACUGUGUCCUAGAAAUGUGGUACCAACACUGCGGACCAUGUGGCACCUCGGCCAUCAGGUUAUAGUCUCGUACGAAGAGGAAGUGGAACUGGAGAAGCACUGUGAGCUGUGGCCCCCCAUCCCAUACUGGUGGGGAAACAAAACAUCCACUCGUGCUCUUAUCCGCUAUUUGGAGCGCAUGAAGCGGAUGGGCCGUCCAGGAAAAUUCUUUGUGGCAGGGAUUAACCUUACUGAAAAUUUAAGAUAUAUUCUUGUACACCCAUUUGGAUCAUUGAAGAAAAUGACACUCCAGAGUCUUCCAUGCUUGAAAAUCUGGAUAAAGCAGCAGUAUCCAGGACAAAAAAAAAAAUGUAUUAACAUAAUUGCUGGAGACUUUAUAGGAAACAAUGAUUUUGUCAAAGAUGUGAUAGAACUUAACACAAAAAUUAAUCCUCCACUGCACUGCCAAAGUGAACUGGAACAAAUAGCAUUUAAUUCUCAACUUCCUAAUCUAUGAAAAGUUGAAAAGCCUUUGUCUGCAUUCAUUGUGCCCUACUGUAAACAUCCUGAAUCCCAUAAAGGUCCAAUUAACUUAAAUCAGGAAUGCUUUCAAGGCUCAGUAGGAAGAGGUCUCUCAACACCAUCAGGGUUUUGAGGCUUUUGGACAGAAAAGAGAGCAGGUGUACCUUGCUGAAGUCUCUAGAGAACUAUGGUAUAUGUGUAAUUUUUUGGGAGGUGCUUUGAUUCUGCAGCAGCUGCCAAAAAUGAAAGUCCCAAGAACUCAAUCUUAUUUUACAUAGGACUAAGAAGGAGGAAAAUGUCAGUAGCUGCAUGAUUUAGUGGUAAGAUUUUAUCUUUCUUAUAACUCUAAGGAUACUCUGUACUAUUUGCAACCCAAAUUCUUACUCUUUUAUAUCAGUCUGAAAUUGACUUGUCUGUUUUCAUAGUUUCUGAUAAAUAAACAAAAGAAACAGUUAAAAAAUAUUUUUGAUAUAUCAGAGAUGCUGCACUGACAAUCCAGCUUGAAAUGAUUUUAUAUUUACACCAAUGUGCUGAGUAUCUUUUGUCAGCUACUUUACUAACAGGGUAGCCCCAAAAUUAUUUGGAAUUUUUAAGAGGUAACUGAAUUUGCACUUAGUUAUGCCAGUUCUACAGGGAUAAAGGUACCAAAACAAGGCCCUUACACAGUUUGUCUGUGGCAAUUGAACAUUUUACUAGGUGUUGCCUAAGUACGCCUUACACUGAAAAUAAACACAGAGGGAACAAAUUCCUGAUCUUAACCUAAACUGCCUUAGGAAUGCAGAUUCUUGGCUUCUAUCAUGCUCAUUUGGGAUUUCACACCUGGUCUUUUUUUUAGCUAUUUUAGUAGCUCUGUAAUUAUUUUUCCUCUCACUAAGUAGUUUUUGUGUACGUCAAAACGAAGAGGUUUAUGCUAUUUCCCAUUGCAUACUAAUUCUGUUUUUCUAAAUGAACUGUGUGGUAACAGAUCUUCAUGAAGGCAAGACAAAUGUCAAGCAUCAGGACUAAAAUAAAACCAAUUAUUGUGUAAAGUUCACUAUGCAACUUCACCCAUAUACCUCACUUUUUAGAUGCACUUUACAUGCAAACGCUAAAUUCAGUUGUCUGAUAAUGUUUGCAGAAGUUUUUCUGCCUGUCUUUUGUGCCCUCUUUUGUACCCUUGUUAUUCUAAUAAAACUUGAUCUCUCUCUAUAA